AUAUUUCAGAUAAUAUAAACCGCAUUAACAUUCCUUCUGGCAGCAACAGCUACGCCGGUACUUGGGCUACCGCUGUUGGUUUUGGAAGAACCAGUGAUUCCACCGCUAUUUCGCAAAGUCAAGCAAUGAGGCAUGUAAACCUUCAAGUUAUCACGAACAACGUGUGCGCUUCGACUUACGGUACCAGUGUCAUCAUCAGCUCCACUAUUUGUACUAGUGGUGCUGGUAAUAUCGGCUCGUGCACUGGUAAUUCUGGUGGACCUCUCGCCUCUGGCAGUGGCAACAACCGUCAACUGCUUGGUGUUACAUCGUUCGUCGCUAGAGCUGGUUGCCAACGUGGACUGCCCGCCGGUUUCGCAAGAGUUACCAAGAAAUCCAUCCGGAUUCCUUUCCAGACAGGCUUACACAAAGCCCUACCGAGACAGAUAAUAAAUCAGACAGCGAUCAAUCAAAAUUACUUUGAUAAAAGACAAAUAUCCUAUUAG